AUGAGGAUGUCAUGCAAGCGCCAGCGGGUUAUGAUUCGGGAUCGUGCAGGCAGCACAAUCGGCGACCUCUACGACUGGCCGUCGAAGUUGGCAGCCAAGCUUCAUCGCAUACCACGUUUGCGAUAUGGCUGGAAAGCCCACUUGGCCAAUGGCAACUGCAUGGUGAUUUACUCCGACCAUAGCGGGUGUGGCAAUGGAGAGGAAGGCUUGCUUGAUGCCAUCACCGCGCUAAAGGAGCACUUUCACUUUGCAGAGGGCACAGACUCUGCAGACCUGUUGGAACCCGUCGUGCACAGCGUCUGCGACCCGGAUGUUCAUGCAGUGCAGGCGCUGUCGGCAACAAGUCGUGCAAAGCAUCUCUUUGGCUAUGUGGAGGACUUUGUGUCCAAAGACAUGAUGUCCGACAUUGCGACUGCCGAGGAGAGAUCUGCCUUCUUGAAAGACAACUUGGCGACGGAAGUCCACCACAACCUGUCCAGCUACUUUCCACUGGACCACAAAGUCUUCUGUCGCUGGAAACAGCAAGAUGUUCCGGCUCUGGCGCCGGAGGCCUGUCUUGCCCGGGCCACAAACCGAAGGUGCUUGGAAAUCCAAGUGAGUGGCACAUGCUGCUACGAUUGGUCGUCGAUGAACCAGAAGGCCCUCAGGUCGCAUGGUCCUUCGCAGGUCUCUUUCUUGUGGUGGAAGGAGGGCCUCAAAGCCCACCAGCCAGACUUGCUCCUGCGCGAGAACGUUAUGCGAUUCCACGUGGAGCAUCUCAUGGAUGGGCUCGAAGACUUGUACUCUGCCUUCCAGUUCACCCUUUCACCGCUGGACAUUGGAUGGCCGGUGAGACGGCCAAGGCGCUUCACUGCUUUGGUCCAUCGUCGAUGGCACUGUUCCGCUUCGCAGUCCGACUUCGAGUUUCAUUUCGGUGCUUCUGCGGCCAUGACGGGCAGCGAUCUACUGGCUAUGCCACCGAACAUCGUCGAGGAAUACUUCCGAAACAAACUCCGUCAGAAACUCUGCCACAAAGAAGGCCUUCUCGAAGCAGCUGAUUUCAGACGAGUGCUGACUCCGCGGCAGAGAAAAAUGCUUGAGGAAUUUGAGGAGCUCGCUGCCAAGGACGGGGGCGAGCUGGGCGAGGACUUCUUGGUCGACUUGUCCCAGACCGCCGAGUGGACCACGGUCGCAAACAGUGCCCCGAUCUGGAGCCACAAGCUGCAGCGCACGGCCUUGCCAGCAGAGCACAUGCUGCUGCAAGGCGUCCCGCUGCUAGAGGACAAGAGUCCGUGGAAGCAGUUCGUGCUUGACAAGGCCGUGGAUCCAUGUUUUGACAGCAUGUUUCUGAACUUGUCCGGGAAUGCCAUGCAUCGUGCUGUCAUUGGAACAUGGGCUGCGUAUAUCGUCGGCUCCCUGUCCCCUUGUGCCUCGCCUUCCUCAUUUCGAUUCCGGUCCACGUCAGAGCUGACAAUCACGGGUGACGAGCAGCUUGAGGGGCUUCUUGCAGCUGCUGAUGCCUUCGGCAAUGCAGCUUCCACUGGUCGGAGGGCCAAGUCGAAAGCAAAGGCGAAGGCGAAGGCCUCAGGUGAGGCCCGUGUGCUCGGGGUUCCUGCUCCAAAGAAGGCUCCGGGACGUGAGACGUACCGUGGCCUCAAGUGCAUGAUCUGCCAGUGCGAAGAUUGCACUGGCAAGAAUCCGUAUUGUCAGAAGUGCAAAGCUGACGUGGACAGCUUGGCGAAGACCGCGAAGGACGAUGGGUGGGUCGAGAAAUACGAAGAUGCGAAGCGCAACGAGCGCACCUUCCGGAAAUUGGUCCGGGAUUAUCAGUUGGAGUGCCCGUCGAAAGGCAAAGGCCGCGCCCGUGUGCAGUACUCCAAGUCGAGAGCUCUCGAGAUCAUCGCCAACGAGCAGAUUUCCGACGAGGGCACGCGCAUGGCGAAGAUGGACUGGUUUGACUUUGAGGCCUUCUACUCGCAGAAGAAGCUUUCGCCCGAAGACAUCGAGACAAAAUGGCGGACCCGUCUCGCUGCAGAGGGCGCUUACGACCUGGAAGGCGAGAACAGAGCCUUUCCAGAACGACUGCUCGUGAGGAAGGAGGACUACGUUGACUCCAAGGCUCGCCGCCGCGUCUCCCACCAGCUUGUCAACGAAGCCUCCCCGAAGGUCGCGAAGGAAUCCUUCCUCGAGGACACCGCUGACGACCGACCCGCGAACUUCUUCUCGUCUGAGGCGAACAAGUUCUUUGAAGCGAGACCAAAGCGACGGGGUUCCACAGGCUCCAACGCCUCCGCCGGUUCCCUCUCCAGUGCGCCUGCUGCAGCUGCAGACGAAGAGAACGGAGAGAAAGAGAAACUCGUUGGCGGUGACCUGACAGUGUCGCGGCUGAAGGCCUUCGACGAGACCGGGGAGCAGCUCCAGAAGGCUCUCGAGACCCUUGGCGCCACAAUCGCCAAGGUGGAGAAGGAGGCGCUUGGUUCCGUUGCAAGGGUGAACGAUAUCGACGGCGAGGGUAUCGUGCAAGACUACAAAAGCAUAGUCUGCGAGAACUUGGGUGUCGGGGCCCUCGACGAGCUCACGCCAGAGCAGAAGCAAGACUUCUUUGCUCGCUCCGGCCAAGAACGGCUGGCAGGGCCGUGGUUCUUAGCCAAACGGCUCAAGAACAAGAUCUCUCAAGACUUUGGUUCGCUUUGGUCCUGUGCCUGCCCUGAAGAAAAAGGAAUGAGCCAGCUGCAAUACGAUGACAGCUGGAGCCAGCGCGACAUUUUGCUGCAGAACGCGCUCACGGGCCAAGUCUCGCCUGUUCCAAACAAAACCUUGCUCCGGAGCGCGGGCAGCGUUCGAGACUUGCAGAAGCAGCUCAAAAGCAUCACAAGCGCCGAGGAUCUGCCAAAGGCCGCGGAGCAGGUGAAGGGCAUGGUGAGCACAUGGCGUGCCUUGGCACAGUCCGUGACCGUGGCAAUGCAGGAAGCCUCCAGAGCGAUCCGGGAGGUGACGAAGAAGCGGAAGCGCAAGGAAAAGGAGGAGGAGAACAAGCAGAAGAGGGCGGCCGCAGCGGAGGCGAAGGCCCUUGCAAAGCAAGCCCAGCCCAAGGCACCGGCGGCAAAGGGUCCGACAGCGAAUCCUGAUGUUCUGGUCGAGCUCUUCGGCAAGCUCUCGAGCAUUGAGAAGGUGACGGAGGCCAACGGUGACUCCUUCUUCGACGACCUCGGCCCUUCUGUGUCGAGGUGUGUGACGGUCAAUGUCCCCACGCCGGUUGAGAUCGUCGGGCAGCCCUUCUUUGAGGCCCGGCUUGCCAUCUUCAUGAGCCAGUUUCCGGGGAGCUCGGCUGCCUUGAACACCGGAAGGGCGUUCAUGAAGAUCGGGGCAGCGGAGAGCAAGCUUGGCAACUACUACGCAAAGUUGUCGUCGACUUCCCGGCCCGAGAAGUUGGCGGAUGCGCAUAAGGAUUUCAUGGUGCCCGGCUUCGUUGGUCUGGUUGCAAAGAAGACAAGCUUUCAGAUCCUGGAUCUUGCCUCUUUCCGGCACAGCUUCGGCGACAACAAGCUGGACAUCGUCAUGAUGUCGCUGGACAGCUUCUUCGUCACGUGCAAGGAGCUUGGCAUUCAGAACAACAUUGCCUCAAUGGUUGCUGCUGCGAUUGCCAUGGAUGAGAAGAUGAAGGAGGCUGUCAUCAAAGGCGGCGUCCAGAUAUCCUUGGAGCCUGGUCAGCUGCUGUACCUGCCGCCGCUGGUCGUGGUUUGGGAGCGAUGCGAAGCUCCUGCGUCCUGGAUCAGCUACAAGUGGGUUCCCGAAGCCGCUGAGGGUCUGCUUGCGACGAUCAAGGCGGCGUUCGAGUUGGAUGGCUGGCCGGGCAAUGACGUGUUGUCUCGCUGCCGCACCAACAUGCAGAUCAUGGCAGACGCUUGGAAUGUGAAGUGA